AAAAAGGUGGUGGUGGCUUUUCUAACAUCUUCUCAGGACAGCUGGUGGUAUUGACAUUUACUCCUGAAAUCUGAUCUGAGGGAGAAGCUGCUACUUGCUGCAGGAUGUGGGCAAAGAAUAUUACUGGAAAUUUUGCCCAUGUGAUCCAUGGUUUGAAUACAAACCAUCUGACAGAUGUAGUUAUUCGGAGGAGCAAACGGAUGAUUCUAGACACUUUAGGAGUAGGACUGCUGGGCACUCGGACAGAUGUUUUUCAGAAAAUGAUACAAUACAGUAAGAUCUACAGCUCCAAUAAAUCCAGUUCUGUUUGGGGCCAACCUGCUCUCAGGCUUCCUCCCCUGUACACGGCUUUCGUGAACGGAGUGGCGGUCCACUCCAUGGAUUUUGAUGACACUUGGCACCCAACCACACACCCUUCCGGGGCUGUGCUGCCAGCGAUCCUUGCCAUCUCUGAAGCCAUGCCUGAGAAUCAGAAGAUCUCUGGUCGAGACCUGCUUUUGGCUUUCAAUGUCGGGAUUGAAGUUCAAGGCAGACUGAUGCACUUUUCCAAGGAGGCCAGCAAUGUUCCUAAAAGGUUUCAUCCACCAUCCAUACUUGGCACCAUGGGAAGUGCAGCAGCCAGUGCUAAACUCCUGGAUCUUGAUCAGUUUAAAUGUAAGGAAGCAUUGGCUAUUGCCAUGUCUUAUGCGGGAGCACCGCUGGCCAACGCAGCCACUCAGACAAAACCUCUCCACAUGGGCAACGCAAGCAGGCAUGGGUUGGAAGCAGCCAUCUUUGCCUCCUUGGGUCUUGAAGCAAACAAGUUGAUACUGGAUCUAGCUUCUGGCUUUGGGGCCUUUUACACAGACUGCUUACCUCAGACUCUGCCAAACUUGCAGUCCUAUUCUUGGCUGCUGAGUGAACAAGAUGUAGCUUUCAAAAGCUUCCCAGCCCACCUAGGGACACACUGGAUGGCAGAGGCAGCUCUGGCGGUAAGGAAACACCUUGCAAAGAGUGGGGAAUCCUUACCUAGUGGCAGAAUCAAGACAAUUGUGCUCAAAGUCCCAGAUAUGCAGUAUGUCAAUAGGCCACUUCCCUCCUCUGAACAUGAAGCCAGGCAUUCAUUCCAGUUUGCCGCAUGCACUGCCCUGUUAGAUGGUUGCAUCUCUAUCGAGUCCUUCAAAAAGCAGAAGAUAUUCAGGCCAGAGCUCCAGGAACUGCUCAGGAAGACACACGUGGAACAUUCUCCUGACAACCAACCCAGCUUCAACACUCUUUACUGUGAGAUCGUCAUCACCCUCCAGGAUGGACACACUUUGUCUGAGCGCUGCGACACGUUCUAUGGGCACUGGAGGAAGCCACUGAGCAGGGCGGACCUGGCGAAAAAGUUCUAUUCUAAUGCCACCUCUGUUCUCAGCUCAGAAGCCACUGAAGGCAUAAUUGAAGUAGUGGAUAAUUUAGAAAAUCUAGAAGACUGUCGAAUGUUGGCAUCGUUGCUUCAAGAGUCCAAGUCCAUGGAUCAGUCAAAAUGUGAAGCAAUUCACUUUGGAAAACACUUUUGAAACGUUGACUUUUCCUACUAAUAUUUACAUGUCAUCUAAGCUCCAGGGAUGUUUCCUAGCUCCCACUCUGAAAAGUGUAUCCAAACCUACCUGACCCCUGGGUAUCUUAGAUAUGCAUGUAAGGUCCAGUGACCAGGAGCUAAGAACACAUACUCUUGUUUUGUUUUGUCCAGGUCAUAACAGAGAUGAGCAAAGAACAACCCUCCAAAUGUUGGACAGCAACUCCCAUGACCCUCAAUGGUGAGGAAUGCUGCCCUUUAGAGGACCAUUGUGAUCUCUGAUCUACACACAUGCAUUUUCACACACUCAACGGGACUUCAGGAUUACAUUUCCCAAACAGCAGUCCCUUAUGCCAGGAGGUUGAUAGUAUUUUGAAGCCAUGAGAACUUUCCAGACAAAGUUGUGAUAAGGAAAGAAAAUUCCCUGUUCAAAAUGUGAAAAGAAAAAAAACGCAGAAGUCUUUGAUGAUGCUUAAAGGAGCUCUUCGCAUAUUGGUUAAUGACGCUUGCAUUUACGGACCUUGAUAUUUUAGAGACUAAAUCCAGUUGUUGAUCCCAACUAGAAUGUGGCCAUUGAAUCAAUGGAAUUUAUACAAGGGUUAACUUAACAAGCCUCAUUCAUUCACUAGUUCUACUCUAGUAGGGGACAACAACCAGACUUCGCUCCACAGAAAUUGAAGAUGCAAAGGAGAUGGGAUUACAGGUAGCUCCUUCUUUUGCAUAAAGUAUCCCAGAGACUCUUUAAAGAGUUCUCCAACUUUUGACUUGUGCUAUAGUCCUGCUACCCUACAUUGCAAGAAUGAAUUCUGUAGGCUAGUGUAGGGAAUGGCCAGAUUCUGUAGCCUGCUCUCCAGGUAACUGUACAGAGAAUUGGUUCCCAACCUUGGAUCGACAGAUGUUCUUGAACUAAAACUCCUAGAGGCCUUCAGCACUAGCUGUGCUGGCCAGGAUUUCUGGGAGUUGUAGUUCAAGAACAACUGAAGAUUUAAGGUUGGGAACCAAUUAUCUAGGGACUUGGAGUGGCGAAUUUCAAAAGAGAUUUGGCAACAUUCAGCACACGGAUGGAGAACUUGUGGCUGUCCAGGUAUUGAUUCCAGGUGCCCCCAGCCAAAAUGGCCAACAGACAAGAAUGAUAGUUUUGUUCCAGCAACAGCUCUGGUCAAAGGUCUGCCACCCCCAGCUUGAAGACUGUGGCCACAAUCCAGUGCACAGCUGUUUGCAGCAAAUUCAUUUUUAUAUUGACAGGGCUUAAAGCUCCCCUAAUUCUUUGCUGGACAUCAGCCCAUGCUCUGUUUUACUCCAGGACCUGGAACUGCAAUGGACAUCUCAUUGCAAUUGAGUUACAAUCUGCUUGUGGAUCAAGGAUAGAAAUAUGAUGGUUUCUUAUCAGCAGAUAAGCAAAAUAUGUUAGUUAACACAUUUCACCUCUUGUGCAAAAGAAAUCACAAUUUAUUUCUAUAUUGCAUACCACUCAAAAUGUUUCUGCAAUAAUUUUAACAGUUUGCUUAUGUAUAAAUACCACCGCUACUCUACCCAUGUAUUUAGUCUCAAGUCAUACCAAGAAAAUACCAUAAAUAAAACAGAUGGCUGCAUUGCCUCAGUACUUGAGGCUUCUGUUUGGACCACAAACCACAGAAAGCUGAGGAAGGCUGCAUUCCAUUGAAACCAA